AUGGAGAAGAAAGUUGAUACCAAGUUCACUUGGGUGAUAAAAAAAAAAAACUUCUCCUCUUUGCAAUCUAGGAAAAUCGUUUCAGACACAUUCAACGUCGGUGGCUGCAAAUGGCGUCUUAGUGCAUAUCCCAAAGGAUACCAAGUAGAUAACUUCUUAUCUUUGUACCUUGAAGUCGCUGAUUAUGGAUCAUUGCCAUCUGGAUGGGGAAGACACACACAAUAUACCCUAACUGUUGUAAAUCAAUGCUCUGAGGAACUCUCCCGGCGACAUGAACUAAAACACAGGUUUGACGAGAAGUCUAACAGCUGGGGGAUCUCAUAUAUGCUUCCCCUAAGUGAACUUCAUGACAAUUAUAGCGGAUUUCUGGUGAAUGGGGAACUCGAAGUUGUUGCCGAUAUAUUUCUUCUUGAAAUUAUUGGCAAGGUGGAGUUUGUGAGCCGUAUGUUUGAAAAACACCCAGAGAUUGCAUCUGGAUUCCGUAUAAAGAACCAAAAUCUUAGAACAGGUUACAUGAAUUUGCUACUUAGCCUGAUUGAUACACUGCGUCAGUCGCCUCACAAGCUCCCCAAGGAUCAUAUGGACGAGGCAUAUGAUGCACUGGUUUGCUUGACUAAUGCUGGAUUUAAGUUGGAUUGGUUAAAGAAGAAACUUGAUCAAGUGCCAGAGACGAAGGAGAAAGUGAAAGCUAAUGAGAUUCGUAUGCAAGAAACUCAAAAAGAGUUGAAAUUAAAGUCUAAAGCGGAAGUGCUCAGAUCUCGAAGCUCAGCUGGAGAAGGAGAAGGCAGAGGUGUUAGCUUCAGAAGCUCCUCGCUCAUUCGAUGA